UCAACAAAAAAGGUUGCUGUUAGAAAUUUUAAGGAACAGUGGUGCCACAAUAGACCUUGGUUGAAAUACCAUCCAGAAACAAAGAGCAUGUACUGUACUAUUUGUCAACGUGCCCAGGCUAAAAAUGUGUUUUCUGUCGAACCAGGAUGUACUGUCUUAAAGUUGGAAAAUAUUAACAAGCCCGAAGCAGGAAAAGGUGAAAACAGCCAUACUGCUUCAGAAAAAGUUCUAAAUGCAGGUCAACAGUUCCAGACUGCACAGAUAAAGCUAUUAGAAAAGUCUGAGGCAUCAGUAACGGCAGCUAUGCGUAACAUCUACUUUAUGGCACAAUUCAACUUAUCUAACCACAUAUUUGCAGAUUUCAAUAAACAUUGUAUUAAUCAGGUACGUAGUUAACAGUGCUAGUAGACUUUAAUAGUAGACUUUAACUGUAUCAAUAAAUAUCCAUAGAAAUUAUGUAAGAAUUGCACCAGAAAUCUGAAUUAAUCAAAAAAUAUUAUUUUUAUCUUUUAACAAUGUUAAUCAUCAAAAAAAUCAUUUAAAACAAAUAAACUAAAAUUUUAAUUAUUUGUAGGGCUGUAGUAACCUCAUAGGCUUGAAGGUGGACAAAAACACAACUUAUGAACACAGCAACAGUAUUCAUGACUUCCAACAUGCCAUAUCCACAGUCAUUAUUGAAGACAUUAUUAAAAGUCUAGACAAUAAACCGUAAAACAUUAUGAUUGAUGAAUCAACUGAUUAGUGUGGAUCAAAAUUUGUUGAUUUAUAUAUGAUUCUUAAAUCAAUCAUUAGGUAAAUUUGAACCAAAGUCAUGCUUACUUGGUGUUAGAAAAUUACGAGAUGGAGCCACUGCUGACAAAAUAACACAAGAAAUAUUUGAAUCCUUAAAUGAUUUUAAUAUAAAUGUAUCCAAUAUGUGUGGAAUAGUAACAGAUGGGGCUGCAGUUAUGGUAGGGAGACACAGUGGUGUAGUCACUAGAAUAAAAGAAACUGUGCCCGGAUUACUUUCUUCUCACUGUAUAGCCCAUAGGUUGGUAUAAGCUAGUGGUGCAGCUGCAGAUUCUGUACAAUAUUUGGUCAAAUUCCAAGAAAUAAUUAGUUCUAUUUAUAAAUAUUUUUCUAAGUCUCCUAAAAAUAUGAGCAAGUUAGAUAAAAUUUUUGAUGUUGUGAAAAAAUCUGAAUGUGAAGCACAUGCUACAAGAUUUAAACAGGUAUUUCAUACAAGAUGGUUGAGUUUUGAUGGAAGUGUAUCUGCUAUUUGUGAAAUUUUUCAUCUUUAUUAUCUGUUUUGUCUGA